CACUCUUGAUAGUCCAAGAUGGCUGCGCCCUGAGAGACGUGAAAGUCAAACAAAUAGCUGAAGCCGGGAGGUUGAGAAUAACAUCUUACAUGACGCUUACUGGGCAAGACCGCAGAGGCCACCACCAGGCUUUUGAUCACUUCUGUCGUUGACGUGAACAGACCCCCUCACUAUGUGGUCACAGACUUUGCCACACUGUAGCUUAGCAUGGAGAUGUGGCCGUCUAUUAUCAAAGAGAAUCAAAUUGAAGCAGCAAACUUAUUGUCGAGGAUUUCAUUCCUCGCCGACAAUGUUUUUGUUCUGGAGGAAUGGCAAAAAUGUUGGCUUAGGAGCGUUUCCCACCACUAUGGAAAGUCGAGCGAGGCUCCAUGAUGGAAGAAGUCUGUUGGACAGGUACGUCUUUGUGAAGACACUAGAAAACUACUAUGAUGACGUGCCCAGCGGCAUAAUUCUGGACACUGCUUACGCUGACUCUCAGCCUAAUGAAGAUUUCGAUCCUAUCACCCCUGUUGUUGUUGGUCUUCACGAUACACCUGGAAGCCACAAAGACCUCGCACCGAUUCUGAACACUUUUGCAAAGCUGGGGUGCCGAACUAUAGCUCCAACUUUUCCAGGUCAUGGCGACACCCAGGGCUUGCUGCAGGGUUAUGACGAUGUCUUCUCGCACUCCUCCACUGAGAGAGCAAUUUUUGUCCAUGAUUUUCUCAUCGAUUUAGGCAUUCAAAGAGUGGACUUGUUGAUUGGUGUAGGAGCAUCAUGUUACACCAUCAUGCGGAUGUGUGCAGGAUUCGAUUCCACAGAAUAUUACCGAUCAAUCGCCCUCAUCUCACCGUGGCCCCUGACCAGACCAAGGUUUGAAAAAGAUCUUGAAGCAUCAAAGAAACUCCAGUUACUGUGGGACCGUCCGUUCUUCCGCCUUCCCAUGAGAAUGUUUCUGUCCGGUUAUCGUGUAGGCGAAGCCAGCACGCCACGGGAUAAAGUUACCACAGCCUAUCUUCUGAAUAACCUGGACCUAGGAGAGGCAGCAGGGUCUGCUCUGGCUACCAGUGCCACAAACGUUCCGCGUACAGUGAUCUAUGGCGGGAUGGACCCAGAGGUGAGCGAGGAUUUGUACAAUGACCUUCUGGACAAGCUUGAGAUUCCACAGCGCAAUGUCGCUGCCUUCAGGGGGAAGUUGGAUGCUCCACUUCUUCCAGGAGCACUGAAGUUUCCGGACGGAGGCUAUGACCUUCACCUUCAGCACCCUGGGAUCAUCAGUGUGUACCUGCUGAAUCUGAUCAAGUUGUUUCAUCCGCACAUACGGAUAUAGAAAUCUAGGCUAACAGAUAAAUGCUGAAGUACAUUGUAUAUAUAUACAUGUGUGUGUAUA